AUGUCAGAUGCCGAAGCUGACGUAAUCCGGGAGUCGGAGACGGAGCUUCGCGACAUCAACACGAGCCUGCGACAGAGUUUAGACGAGGCGCUUAAUGCCAAAGAAAUCGCUCUUACCGAAGUUUCGGCGGCUCAAGAUACUGCAAAAGAGCAUAUGAACCGCGUCAAGGCCGACUCCGUGCUGGAGAUGGGCAAGAUGGAAGCUCGAAUGAACCGCGUCAAGGCUGAGUGCAUGCUGGAGAUGGACAAGAUGAAGGCUCGGGUAGGAGAUCUCGCCAAACACAAUGACGAGACUGUCAGAAACUACGACGCCCGCGCCGUAGAGAUGGGCUCGGUCUGGCAGACCAACCUCGCACUUCACGCCGAACAAAACAAGAUAAUCGUCGACCUAAUGACACAAAUGCUAAAGCUACAACUUCAACAGCAAACCGAUACCGCGGACCGACUUAGUGAGGCGUUGGAAGAUGAGAAGAUGAAGUCUAUACGACAGGACUCGUACUACCGAGAUGUAAUGCAGACGCUGCAAGAUAUGACUAAGGUACUCUCGGCCGACAAGCUUGCGUAUGCGACACAGUUGAAAAACAAACUCCGGGACAACCAGGAUAAGACUUUAGCUAUGACCGAAGCGAAGAAGAAGAUGAUACAAGUUCCGUGGAGGCUAGCUGCUGCGUUUGUGAGGGUAGAGAUACAGGAUAGACUGGUUGCGAAAGCUAUCGUGAAAGUCAUGGUGACGAAGAGUAGGCUUGAAAAAGUGAGGGGUCGCCUCCGUAAUAAGGAUACAAUGAUGACAUAG